AUGCCCACCAGCGAACUCUCAGAUGCCCUCAAUCCGUAUGCAUCGCAGUCUCGACAACGGCAGUCCGCGCCUGUUGAUUACUCACCGCCAAAUCAAACUAUUUCUUAUCAGACGGUAGCCCCACCCUCACAACAAUAUGUCCCACACGUCAGUGACCUCGAGUUGGCCAUCGCAGAGCCAACGCCCGCACCUCCUGCUCUACCGCGACAGGGAGUCAAUGUUUUCGCCGAAUUGGCGCGAGUAGUAGUUGCAACUCAAAACGCUCAGGAGUCGGAGCGGAAGAGGCGAUUAGCUUGGGAGCAAGAGCAAGAGUCCAAAUAUGCCCAGAGGCAAGCGGAGAUGGAAAAGAAGAUGCUGGCCAUGUCUAAUGAGCUCUCCUUGCUUCGUGCAACUAUGAAUGCUCUGCGUAGUUCAGGAAACACCCCCGGGCUGGCCACCCCGCAAUACAAUCUGUCUCCUGCCCUGUCGCAACGAGCGACUCCGAAUCUUCAGAACCUUGCUUCGCCCAUAUCUCCUGUGUCUCAAUCAGCAUCUCAGGCCCAACCGAUGUUUAUUCAAGGCUCGUCCACAAAUCCUUUACCCCCUCCUCCUUCCGUGUUCCAAUCCGAACCCACCACCAAUAAUAUACAGCCUGCUCCGCAGCCCUACAUUGAAACUACCUUCCAAGUCAAUCUUAGUCCCCUCCCCCAGGCCAUGACACCGGGUCCAUCACCUCACCUCACCAAUACCGAUGCUUCUGAACGACCGUCGGCAUCGCCAGCUCCGCGGCCUAGUAAACGGAAAAAGAAAAGAAGAUCUGUGCACUCAAGCGAUGACGAAGGGACCAGCUCUGGUUCAUCGAGCUCAACAUCUAAUCACCAGCCUCGAAAACGAGUAAGCCACCAUGAUACACGGUGCUAUACUAUCCAGCAUGCUAUGCGCCUCCAUGUCCUACGCAUGAUGGACGUAGACAAUGACAAGGACCUACCAGACAAUCACGACGAGUCGGGUGCCCUAGGUCCGUCAGACCCUGUACGCUUUGUCUGGGACAAGACAGCAAAACAAUCCGUCCAUAACAGUAGGAUGAAGAAGCGAAUAAUAGACGACCUCAAGGAAAACCGCCGCCUGUAUAGGCACGUCCCGAACAAGGAGUUCACCAAGAAAGUGCUCGAUGCCGCAUUUGAUCAAUGCUUCGUGACAUUCCGACAGAAAUACAAAGCCCAAAAAGAUGCCACUUCAGCCUCGCACUUGAAGCAACGAGAGGACUCUAAGGCCCGGAAGGCGAGGCAUCUUUCUCGGAGAAAAAUCAAACUCAGCAAUCGUUCUGAUGCACGUAACAACAUCCCAACCUUUGAACAUGUGACGUUCGACGGCGCGAUGCAACCCGACUGCAUGUCCUCGGAGGAAUCAGACAUCGAGCAGGAUCCCCUGAGCUCCCAGCCUUGUCCAGUUCUCAGGACUCGAGGCCACGCCUGGCGAAGUUCACGGCUCGUGCGCUUCUACUGCAUUCUCGACGACGAAGAACGUCUGGACACUAGCUCUAAACCCAAGCGAGGGCUAGGCAAGAAGGAACGGAGGGUUGGGCCGCUGAAAGAAGAAUUCACCCUUCCACCACAAGGGGCUGCAACCUGGAUGAUCAGCCGGCGCUGGUAUAAAGCUUCGCUGGCGAGCCGUCCGGACCUACCGAAUAUCCUAAACAAGCUUAUUAAUGACCAGCCUGGAUUUGACUGGGAACACUUUCACGAUCUAGGGGAGGAGACUGUCGACGAAGACGAGGCGGUUGUCCAACACCAGCACCCACAACAGCAGCAGCCGCAAGUGAUGCAUAAUUAUAACCCCCCUAUGCAUAGUAUGAACCUUGGUAUACCCCAGCAUCAAUAUGACCCCAAUACAUACAUGAAUUACACGAUGUAA